GAAAUAAUAACAGAAGACAACGUUAACUACCGGUUCUUUCCUGUGAAAGAUCGCACCUCAGUGUCGUUUAAAGUAGAUGCUCAUAACGAUGCCCACGUAGCUCUCAGCAAACAUCCUUAUUUCUCCGUUCCCAUGUAUGAGCUCGUUAUUGGAGGCUGGGGUAACACAAAGAGCGUGUUUAGAAGAUUAACCUGCUUGCCACGUGAAAAAGAUGAAGCUGUGACCCCUGGGGUCCUAAACGUUCAGGAAUAUCGAGGAUUUUGGAUAAAAUGGGAUAAUGGAAACAUUUUGGUUGGACGCGAGGGAGAGGACAAACCUUUUAUGUCUUGGCAAGACCCGAAGCCUUCUCCAGUGACGCAUGCGGGCGUGAGAACUACCUGGGGCUCAGAAGGGAACUGGAAAAUAGCAAACGGCUCACACUACAACGGCGGAAAUGAACAAAUUAUUGAUGUGGCAACAAAAGUGGACGCUCAAGCUCAGUACUUCCCGGUGUCGGGCAGCGCAAUGCAUUUUAAAGUGCGCGCGCGGAAUGAUGUCACGAUUGAACUGACCAGUCAGCCUCGCCAAACUGACCCCAUGUAUGAGAUCGUUAUUGGAGGUUGGAGUAAUUCAAAAAGCGUGAUAAGAAAGUACAUUUGUCACAUAGCAGAAAAAGAUAAACGCCAAACGCCCGAAAUUCUGAACGACAAAGAGUUCCGCGAGUUCUGGUUACGGUGGGACCAUGGAAACAUCGUGGUUGGUCGAGAAAACGAGGCCCAACCUAUCCUAUCGUGGCAAGACCCUGAUCCGGUGCGCGUUGCUUAUGUAGGUGUGCGAACGACAUGGGGCUCUACUGGCAAUUGGAAAUUAGCGAGUGGUUCUAAUAAGGGCGGGGAUAGCAUUGAUGUAGCAACGGAAAACGAUGUGAAGUGGCAGUUCUUCCCGGUACAGGGUGAUUCGAUGCGGAUCAGAGUGCGCGCAAGUAACGAUGCGACUAUCGGACUCGCCACUCACCCCUGGGAAACUGAUCCGAUGUAUGAGGUCGUCCUCGGAGGCUGGGGAAACACUAAGAGCGUGCUCAGAAGAUUUUGCUGUAUGAACCCUGAUAAAGCCGAAGAAGAAACCAAUGCGAUAUUAAAGAGCGGAGAUUCGCGAGGGUUCUGGGUGCGCUGGGACGGCGGGAACAUCAUGGCUGGGCGAGAAGGCCAGACCAAGCCCUUAAUAUCGUGGCGGGACCCUGACCCGUUUCCUGUAGCUUUCAUGGGCGUGCACACUGGAUAUGGUUCUAUUGGUGUCUGGGAAAUAGAAAAUACUUCUGCAAAAGACGUCAUAGUUUCAAAUAGUAAUGAACACAUAUUUAAGCCCGUGGUGUGCGCAUCAACGCUAACGCGCCUUCGUCAGGGUACCGCCUGCGCAGGACAGACUGUCUUUGAGGAGAACUUCGACACUCUGCGCGAAGACAUCUGGGAAGUGCAACAAUACGUGCCAGUCGACCACCCUGAGCUGCCAUUCGUGUCAUAUCAGCGUUCCACGGUGUCUGUGAAGAAUGGGUACCUCCGUAUUGCUCCAAAGCUUCAACAAAACCAACCAGGUUUUACCCACUCCAGCAUGCUUGACGCCUUGGAUUUAUAUAAAGGAUGCACAUCUGGGCAAUCCAGUUCAUGCUUCGUAGAAGCCAGUGAUGGCUCUUCAGUUAUCCCGCCUGUGAUUGGUGGCCGCAUUACCAGUAAAUCAAGCUUUGCCUUCACUUACGGCACUGUCAGCGUUCGCGCUAAACUGCCUAAGGGAGACUGGAUUUACCCAGAGAUAUUAUUGGAAUCAUUCUCAAAGAAGUUUGUCUACGGAACAAAGAAUUCUGGAAUGUUGAAGAUAGCGUGCGCCCGAGGCAAUGAAGAGCUAAAGAAAGGAUCCACCCAGUACGGCAAUAAGGUGCUGUACAGCGGCCCUGUUAUCGACACAAAGUGUCACGACUCGCUGCUGGUCACCAAAAACUCAGACAAGUUUUGGGGUGAUGAUUUCCAUGUGUAUUCUCUUAAGUGGACACCAGAUAAUUUGAUUUUAUCGGUGGACGGCGAAGAAUACGCACGCGUGGACCCUGGUAGCGACGGUUUGCGCGCGCGUCUUCCAAAGACCUGCGCUGGACCACACGAAUCAGGGAUGGCCCCUUUUGAUGACCAUUUCUUCAUAACUCUAGGGUUGGCAGCAGGUGGUCACUCGGAAUUCCCUGACGAGUGCGUUACGAAGGAUAACCACUCGAAACCGUGGAAAAACCAGGCGUCGAAGGCAACCCUGAAUUUCUGGAAUGACAUCGACGCAUGGCAAGAUACGUGGGAACGACCGGAGAUAUUGAUUGACUAUGUGAAAGUAGUUGCAUUGUAAA